UCCAAAUGCCACGUUGUCACAAUCACACAGACAGCAAGCUGAGCAACAAGUUAUACAUUGUGUGAGCAGAACCAGCAAGGUGUAGUAGCAUAUGUAAACCUAACUAUGUCUGGACUCAAUGUCUCCCUUGGUUACUUUCUCGCUGUUGUGGCGUUUGGUGGAGCUUUUACAGUAUUUUUCAGAAAAUGGCCUCGUUUGAGCGUUGCAGCAGAGUUUCCGGCCUCAUUUGUGCUGGUGGCAUGCAGGCUGGAGGUGCAGACCAUUAUAGAGGUGGGCGAGUGGGCAGGAGGACUGGGUCCGGAUGUGACUCUAACCAUACUGUUUUUGGUGCUGCUGACUCAUGGUGUGAUCUGUGCUGGAGCCACUGGAAACCCCUCCCUGACUCUGAUGAAUUUCCUGCUGCUGGAGACCCAUACUCUGCCCACUCUGCUGGCUCUGGCUGCUCAGUUCCUGGGGGCACACCUGGCCCUGCUUGCGGCUGGCUACUACUGGGCCCUGGAGCUCAAUGACAUGCACAUGAUUAAGAACCUGAUGUCAAGGGAGUGCAGCACAGCCCUGCGUGUCUCCCUAGUGCAGGGGGUCUUUUCUGAGUGUGUGUGUGCAUUCAUCUUUUAUCUGAUAUACAUCAGCCUGAAAUGUCGCUCUGCGCUGAUUCGGGUUCCUCUCGUUGCAGCUGUGCUCACCUUCUUCUCUCAUGCAGCCAGUGAUUAUACCUCGGCUUUCCUGAACCCCUCCCUGGCCUAUGGCCUUACCUUCUACUGUCCUGGGUUCACCUUUACGGAGUACUCAGUGGUCUACUGGCUUGGGCCCAUUAUUGGAAUGACCCUUGCCCUUCUCCUGUACAUGGGCCACAUCCCCAGGAUUUUUACCAAGAACCUGCUGUAUUCCCAGAAGACCCGCUUCCGGUUGCCAAAGGGGGAGGGAGAUAAAAAAAAAAAGUGAAUACACUGCUCAAUUUCGUUCUUAUUGGGAUAUUUCAUUAUGCACAUAGCAUUAUAUUCAACAGCCAAUUAUGAUACAAUCUAUCUCUCAUGUACAACCUGUGUUCUUUCAGAAGUAAUACAUCAAUUGAAAAUAACUAUUUUAAAUAAACAUGUUUAUUUAAAAAAAAUGUAAACAUUGGUUGUCGUUUCUGAACUUACUGUACAUUGUGAACAAGUUGAGGUAUACACAAAACUCAAUCCAUCCAUUUUUUGCAUUUUUACCAACCUCAACCAUUACAAUCAUAAUCCGUUACAGAAAUACCACUGAUGUAAUGCUAAUAGGUUG